ACCGGAUCUGAUUGACGUCAGUCGGCUCCAGAAAUCCAAUGCCAACCACAACCUCCAGCGGGCGUUCAGUGUGGCCGAACAGCAACUCGGGGUCACCAAACUCCUCGACCCAGAAGACGUGAACACAGAGAACCCCGACGAGAGGUCCAUCAUCACCUACGUGGUCUCCUUCUACCAUUACUUCUCCAAGAUGAAGGCCUUGGCUGUGGAGGGCAAGAGAAUAGGGAAGGUGCUGGACAUCGCUAUUGAGAUCGAGAAGAUCAUUGAGAGGUACGAGGGUUUGGUGUCUGAUCUUCUCCGGUGGAUUGAACAAACCAUCGCGAUGAUCAGUAACCAACGGUUUGCAAACUCCCUGACGGGUGUCCAACAGCAGCUACAAACCUUCACCGCUUACUGUACCACCGAGAAGCCACUCAAGUUUGAACAGAAAGGGAAUCUGGAGGUUUUGCUGUUUACGAUACAGAGUAAACUCAGAGCCAAUAACCAGAAGCUCUACGUCCCUCAUGAGGGUAAACUCACCUCGGACAUCAACAAAGCCUGGGAGCGUCUGGAGAAGGCGGAGCACGAGCGGGAGGUGGCGUUGAGGGAGGAGCUCAUUCGCCAGGAGAAACUGGAGCAAUUGUUCCAACGCUUCGACCACAAGUCGGCCAUGAGAGAGGCCUGGCUCAUCGAGAACCAGCGGCUCGUCUCCCAGGAUAACUUUGGCUACGACCUCUCAGCGGUGGAGGCGGCCAUGAAGAAGCAGGACGCCAUCGAGGCGGACGUGAGCUCCUACGCCGAGCGGGUCCAGGUGAUCUCGGAGUUGGCCGGGGAGCUGGAGGGGGAGGGCUACUACGAUGCCAAGCGGGUGGUGGCCAACAGGGACAACAUCCUGCGUCUCUGGGCCUUCCUCCAGGACACCCUGGCCGCCCGCAAGGCACGUCUGGAGGUCAACCUGUCCCUGCAAAGGAUCUUCCAGGAUAUGGUGCACAUGAUCAACUGGAUGGAGGACAUGCAGAUCGUUUUGUCCUCCAAGGACUUCGGGAAACAUCUGCUGGAGGCCGAGGACCUUCUGCAGAAACAUGGGCUACACGAGGCGGACAUUAAUGUCCAGAGCGAAAGGGUCCACAUCCUCAAUACCUCGGCCCUGCAUUUCACCCAGACACAGGGUUACCAGCCGUGCGACCCUCAGGUGAUCUGCAACCGGGUGCAGCACGUGGGGAGCUGCCUCGAGGAGCUGCGGGGUUUGGCGGGGAGGCGGCGAGGCGAGCUGGAGGCUUCCCGCUGUCUGUGGGCCUUCUUCAGGGAGAUGGAGGAGACCGAGGGUUGGAUCAGGGAGAUGGAGCAGGUCAUGGGGUCCUGCAACUUCGGGAAGGACCUGAGCAGCGUCACCCUCCUCCUGAGCAAACACAAGAGCCUCGCGGGUGAGCUGGUGUCUCGGCAGCUCCUCCUGGGCCAGAUGGUGGCUCGAGGGGAGGAGAUCCUGGCCAUGAAACACUUUGUGACGGGCAGGAUCAACGACCGGAUCCUCGAGAUCAAGUUGGAGUGGAAAUCGCUGGAGGAACUCGCAUCCCUUCGCCACCAGCGACUCCAAGAGGCCCUGACGUUCUUCCAGUUCAAGGCCGACACCGACGACUUGGAGGCUUGGCUCCAGGACACCUACCGCCUGGUGUCCAGCGAUGACUUUGGCCACGAUGAGUUCUCCACCCGGUCGCUGGCUAAGAAGCACCGGGCGGUGACGGAGGAGAUAGCCCAGCACCAGGCCGCGGUGACGGGCCUGAGGGAACAGGUCUCGACCCUGGGCCUGGAGUACCAGGAGUUGGAGGAGGUGCAGAGGAGGGUCGGGGAGGUGGAAGGGCUGAACGCCGAGGUCAGGGAGGUGGCCUCCCUGCGCAGGCAGUGGCUCCAGGACGCCCUGGCGGUCUACAGGAUGUUCAGUGAGGUCAACGCGUGUGAGGUCUGGAUCGACGAAAAGGAGCAAUGGCUGAUCGCGAUGGUGAUUCCCGACAACCUGGAGGAGCUCGAGGUGGUGCAGCACAG